GGAGGUGGUUGGGGUUGGGUGGGAGGAGAUCCGCUCACACACGAGGAGGGUAGAGCCGCCGCCGCCGCCGCCGCCGUGGAUGCGGAGUCGGGGCUGAAGCUGCCGCCGCGACGACGCCGGAGACCGAGCCGCUAGCCCCCGGCCCCUCCGCCUCGCCGCCUCCCCGGGCCAGCGCGGCCUGCUCCGCCCCGGCCGGUCGCCCCCGCCUCCAUUUCCCGCCCUCUCGCCGCCACACACACGGCCCCCCCGAUCAUGGAUCCAGGCAGUGGCGGCGGUGGCGGCGGGAGCGGCGGCAGCAGCAGCAGCGACUCGGCGCCCGACUGCUGGGACCAGGCGGACAUGGACGCCCCCGGGCCGGGCCCGUGCGGCGGCUCCCUGGCGGCGGCCCCCGAGGCCCAGCGUGAGCAGCUCAGCGCGGCCUUCAGCCGGCAGCUCAACGUCAACGCCAAGCCCUUCGUGCCCAACGUCCACGCCGCCGAGUUCGUGCCGUCCUUCCUGCGGGGCGCGGCCCAGCCUCCGCCGCCCCCGGCGGGCGCCGCCGCCAACCACCACGGAGCCAGCAGCGGCGCGGGAGGCCCUGCGGCACCAGGGGAACCUUCAGAAGAAGAACAGGCAUUGUGUGAAGGUUCAAAUUCAGCUGUUAGCAUGGAACUUUCAGAACCUGUUGUAGAAAAUGGAGAGACAGAAAUGUCCCCUGAAGAAUCAUGGGAGCACAAAGAAGAAAUCAGUGAAGCAGAACCAGGGGGUGGUUCCUUGGGAGACGGAAAGGCCCCAGAGGAAAGUGCCCAAGAAAUGAUGGAGGAAGAAGAGGAAAUACCAAAACCUAAGUCUGUGGUUGCACCACCCGGUGCUCCUAAGAAAGAGCACGUCAACGUAGUGUUCAUUGGGCACGUAGAUGCUGGCAAAUCUACCAUUGGAGGACAAAUAAUGUAUUUGACUGGGAUGGUUGACAAAAGAACACUUGAGAAAUAUGAAAGAGAAGCUAAAGAAAAAAACAGAGAAACCUGGUACUUGUCUUGGGCCUUAGACACUAAUCAGGAAGAGCGAGACAAGGGUAAAACAGUAGAAGUGGGUCGUGCCUAUUUUGAAACAGAAAAGAAACAUUUCACAAUUCUGGAUGCACCUGGUCACAAGAGUUUUGUCCCAAAUAUGAUUGGAGGUGCUUCUCAAGCUGAUCUGGCUGUACUGGUAAUUUCUGCCAGGAAAGGAGAGUUUGAGACUGGAUUUGAAAAAGGAGGACAGACAAGAGAACAUGCAAUGUUGGCAAAGACGGCAGGUGUAAAACAUUUAAUUGUGCUUAUUAAUAAGAUGGAUGAUCCGACAGUUAACUGGAGCAAUGAGAGAUAUGAAGAAUGUAAAGAGAAACUUGUGCCAUUUUUGAAAAAAGUUGGCUUCAAUCCCAAAAAGGACAUUCACUUUAUGCCCUGCUCAGGACUGACUGGAGCAAACCUUAAGGAACAGGCAGAUUUCUGUCCAUGGUACAGUGGAUUACCAUUUAUUCCUUAUCUGGAUAAUUUGCCAAAUUUUAAUAGAUCAGCUGAUGGACCAAUCAGGCUGCCAAUUGUGGAUAAAUACAAGGAUAUGGGCACUGUGGUCCUGGGAAAGCUGGAAUCAGGAUCAAUUUGUAAAGGCCAGCAGCUUGUGAUGAUGCCAAAUAAGCACAAUGUGGAAGUUCUUGGAAUCCUUUCUGAUGAUGUAGAAACUGAUUCUGUAGCCCCCGGUGAAAACCUGAAAAUCAGACUGAAAGGAAUUGAAGAGGAGGAGAUUCUUCCAGGAUUCAUCCUUUGUGAUCUCAAUAAUCUUUGUCAUUCUGGGCGCACAUUUGAUGCACAGAUAGUGAUUAUAGAGCACAAAUCCAUCAUCUGCCCGGGUUAUAAUGCGGUGCUGCAUAUUCAUACCUGUAUUGAGGAAGUCGAAAUAACAGCCUUAAUCUGCUUGGUAGACAAAAAGUCAGGAGAGAAAAGUAAAACUCGACCUCGUUUUGUGAAACAAGAUCAAGUAUGCAUCGCUCGUUUACGGACAGCAGGAACCAUCUGCCUUGAGACCUUUAAAGACUUCCCUCAGAUGGGCCGAUUUACUUUAAGAGAUGAAGGUAAGACCAUUGCAAUUGGAAAAGUUCUGAAACUGGUUCCAGAGAAAGACUAAGCAUUUUCUGGAUGACCCUGCACAGUACUGUGAGGAAAACUGACUGCAAGCCUCCUUCACACCACCUUCUCUUAUUUUCUGCCCAUCGACAAAACUCUCCCCAUAUUUUGCAAAGAGAAUAUUCACAGCAAAAGUCCACAUUAUGUCAGCUUUCUCAUAUUGAGAGCUCUGCUAUGCCACUGUUGAAUUUUUCCCCAAGAUUUUUUUCUGACCUUCCCACCCCAUCCCACCCCACCCCGCCCCACUUCCUUGGACAGAUCUGGCAAUAGCUUUGUAAGUGAUGUGGACAUAAUUGCCUACAAUAAUGAAAAAUGACAGGAAUUUUUUUAUUUUUCAUUUCCCCCUUAGGCAUACAUUAGUCUCCCAACCCCCCCCCCUCACCCCAGGCAGAUCAUUCUGAGUGUGCGAGUGUGUGUGCACAUGUUUCAAAGACAACUACCAUGUUAAUAAAAUAUUCAAUUUGAAACCCUUUUAUCGGUAUUUGAAUUGCUUUUGAAUAAUGUUUUUUAUCUGGAUGUAACAUUGUUGCAUUGGCUUUUUAACUUUACCAAGUAAUUGAAUACAUUUUAUUACUUGGACUUUUCUAAACUCUUUCCCUAUCCACUACUUUAAAUGAGGCAUUUACAACGUUCAAGUUUGUAGGACAGACAUAAACUAGCUUCAUCCCUUUUGGCGGUUAGUGCAUACGUACAACUAAACACCAUUAUGCAGUGCUUUAUUAGGUCUAUGAAUUAUUUUCUGCCAAUUUAAAUUUCAACAUGAUUUCCUAAAUACAGUUGUUUAAAAAAAAAGUGAAGCAUAAUGAAAUUGUGCCCCUAGAAAAUAUUCCAUUGGGAUUUGCAGCAAAGAGAGCAUGCUGAGACCUGGCAAGGAUGCCUCCUUUAGUAUCUAUAAGAGCUGCAUGCAUCUAAUAUGAAAACUGCAAGUACCAGCUCUACAAAUUAUUCAGUUGAUUAUUUACAUCAGUAAUUUUCAAAGUUGGAUGAUCUUUGCUACUUAGAGCUAAGUCUCUUCUGGGAACUAAAUGAGCAUGUAUUUAGAACUAUCAGACUCUACAGAUUCAAGUUAACAGUAGCAAGUAGAAUCAAGCAGUGUAAAUUUUGUCUUAAUUACUUGAGAUUAAUUAAGCUGAAAUUUGCUAACUAUGAUUUGGAUGAAUCACAAUGUAGCAAUUGUGGUGGUUUUGAGAUUGAAGACUGACUUUCUGCUGUAAUUAUGACUAAGAAAUUUUUUAUGAGAAUUAAUCAGAAGACACUUCUGCUUUUAUUACAAGUUUUCUUGUUGAAUACUGCUAUUUAUCCAAGACUGCAACUCUUAGAUUGUGGCUUAUCUCUGAAGAUCUUUUAACUGUACAUUUAAUGACAUAUCUUCUCCCUGUAAUCUUUGUCCUCAGAAAAGCCUAGUCAGUGUCUAGUCAUGAAAAGUAAAACAAUCUAACCCUAUUUUCUUAACUGUAGUAUUCCCAUUUUCAUUUCUUAAAUGAGGCUACAUUUUACAAGCAGAGCAAAAAUUAUAACAGUUCAAUUGCAUGAAAUUUAAAUUUAUUGUCGGCAAGUAUCUACCUGGGCUUUUAUUUUUCUGGGAAACAGAAGCUUUACCCAGUGUGUAAUACCUUUUCUGUAUUUCCAAGUUAACAGGGACAAAAUACUAGUAAUUGCUUGGAUUUUAGUGAAUCUUAAAAUGCUCAAGUCACUGAACUUAUUUUAAAUUCAACACAGUAAAAAAUCACUACAUCUGUUAGAACACUGACACUUCCACAACACCUGUGUGCAUGUUGCCAAGACUCUAGUAAAAUGACAUGGAGAAGGGCCUAACUCUUAACAAAAAGACAAUACACAUGCAGUUAUAAAGUAAAAAUGCCACUGACUUCUUGCACAUUCAUACAAAUAGGUAAUUUUUAAAAUCUCACUAAAACCACAUUUUGUGGGCUUUACAAUUAAUUUGGGAUGUUAUUCUCAAAGUAGAUGUAUCCCAAACUCCUGGCUAUACUGUUUCUUGUGUGGAUGAGGAAAACUUAAAUUGGCAUUGUGUGAGGAUGUUGGACCCUUGAAAAACAACACACAUCUAUGUUGUCAUUGUCUUAAGACAAAUGCAAGUACUGACGUGAUUGAAAUGAAAAAAGUGCACUGGCUGCAUAUUUGGGAUAUUACUGAGCUAAACAUUUUUUUCUUCUACCUUUAAUAUAGGUAUGUUAAAGUUUUAUCUUUUUGCACUAUGUUCUUUAUACAACUUCCAUGCUACAUUACAGUCUACUGAGCUCAAUUUUUUAUCACUGAAGUAAAAUAAACAUUAGGAAAUUGUCACUUUAUAUCCUUUUAUUCCUGAUUCCUUAGUGUGGGUAAGGGGAACAAUAGCAUCUAUUUGUUUUUAAUUUCCAAAACUGAAACAUAUGUAAUACAAAACUGAAAGACUAGUUGUGAUAUGUAUUGCCAUGAAGUGACAAAUAGUAGUGUUCGCAAAUAAUUAAGCCCAUGUAUUUUUUUAAUUGAAAGUUUCCAGUAUGUGAUUUGAUAAUUGAUGUAAAAACUGUAAAAAUAUACAAGUUGCUCAAUGUAACGAGAUAAUUGACACUUGUCUGCUAGUUACAUAGAUAACUGCUUUUGCAAUGUGAGAUGGACUUGGAACAUGAAGCAGUUAAAUAUUAAUGGCACCCCUCCUCGGCUGAAGCUGUAACUCAAGAGAAAAAGUGAACCUGUGAUCAAAACUGCUCCCAGGAUAAACUCUUGGGAGGAAAAAAUAAUCAGCUAAACUCCAUGGCAGUCUUCAAGAACACUAGUUAUGACUAGUGACUCCUCCGUUAUUCUGUGACCUUUGGGGACUAUUCCACAUAACAGCACACGCCUUUUUUUUUUUUUCUUUUCUCAAUGGCAUGAACUUCAUGGACUGCUGCUUCAUGGAUGACAACUUCGCUGCUCUGGGCAGAGGUGAGCUUUAAGACAGCCAAGGGACAAAAGCCUAAUAUAAUCAGGCAACUUUCCACUUUGAAGCCCGUUGUGAAAAUUCUGGUUACAACAUAGAGCUUUGGUUUUAAGAUGAGUAAAUGUUAUAUUCAGUGUUGGCUUACUUUAUCAGAAUAAACUGUGCCAUUAAUCCUCUCACAGACAUAUGUAAGGUAAUAGCAAUCAACAAUAUUCAAGGGACAAUUUUCUGUCUCCAAAUUCUAGUUUUAUGUCUUCCAGCUAAUUUUUCAGUCAUUAGCAAAUACCGUCUAGUACACGGUCCAUGAUCCUGUUUUGUUAGAGAUCUUGCCAUGGCAGCAACUUAGUAAUGUAAUAUGCACAGCUCUAAAGAUUUCCUAGGUCUAAAUUUAGCAGUCGGUUGGUUAUAUAGUAGAUUUCAUGGUACGUGCAAUAGGGCUUUAAGUUUCUUCUAGUCAGAUAAUGGAUUCCAUUUGAGCCAAUUUACUGCCCAAAUGCAGAUAGGGGAGACCUAGUUUAACUUGCGAUGGUUUGGGCUCUAGGAUACCCUUCAUUUUCAAUACCCUAGAACAUGUUGAGUCUUCCCUCCAGUAGUUUCACAAACCUCUAAUCUUACACUUCUUGGAAUAGUCAUCUGCUGAGUUGUUUACUAGGGAGUGUCAUAAGGGCCUGGUAGUGAAGGUAUAAAGAUUUAACCCUUCUCUGUUUCCAAUACACAGGGAAAGCAGAUAGGCACCAUGUCUGAUCAGGCAGAAAAGUUAAGGAUUUCUUAGGCAACCCUUAGAACAGUCGGUGGCUUUUCCUCCUUGUCAAACAUGCCAUGGUGCCCUUUAAAACUCAAUGUGGCAACCUCAGGUUUAUGGGCAGCAAAGGUGUAAUUACAUUUGUGCUUCCUAAGGCUCCUCUCUGCCAAUCAUGUUAGCUUAGUCAUUUAGAUGCCAGCCUGCUACCUCCUUUCCUGCUGCCCACGACAGUGCUGGAGCUAGAGCUCCUGAAUGCCUCAGGUGAUCAUCCACAUACAUGAGUGAUGUUGAGGUCUGACCUGCAAGGCUUAAUUGACUCAUUUCUUCUGGUCCAAAAAAUUGGCUCUCUCAGACAGUGUUUAGGAUUAGUUUUCACUAGACAGCAGGUCGAUACCUAGCUCUCACUUAAAAAAAAAAUAGAAUUAAAGGGAACUAAUUAGGUUUUAUUCAGCUUUCUUAACCUAAAUCCAAAGCAUGGCAGUGUGCUCUCAAUAGGAAUUUGGGAAUCCAAGGUAAAGAAACCAUUUUCUUAGGAUUUGUAGCUACCUACUGUGCCUGACUUGGUGCCUGUGUGAGGAUUAAGCCCUUAGUCUGCUCUUGCAAUUAUUCAAAUGACUGAAGUUAAAAAUUUUUGCUUUUGUAAUAACAAUAAAAAUUGUCAUCUUCCCUUUUCAA